AUGGGUGUGGUGAUGGGGAAGGAUGAGAAGGUGAAUAUCCCGCAUAUGUACAUGAAGUUGGCGAUGGAUUUGGAGAAGCUUUGGAAUUACCCAUGGUGUUUGUACUCGUUUGAUUUCUUUCUGAAGCAGAUUGAUAAAACAAGGCAUAAAUUAGAGCAGAAGGAGGGGUAUCUGAUGGAAGGAUUCUUGUUUGGUUUUCAGAUUUGGAUAAUGGAAUAUGUUCCUGCUUUAGGAGAGAUUUGUGGCACAAAAGUCAGCAAAAAUUUUAUAGGUCUUGUGAGGAUUUUGCAUUCAUUCAUGGAAUUCCACAUAGAUGGAGUGGUCCUUUUGGCAACUGAUUUUGUACAGAAGGAUGAGAAGAAAGAUGAAAGAGUGGAUCGUAUUUUGGAUAUGAUCAAUAGAAAACAUGAUUGGAACAAUCAUGAUUGGAACAAUCAUGUUUGGGGAGUAAAAGAACCUACGAGCUCCGAAUUUGAAGAAGCUAACGAAGAGAAAAGAGAGGAUCAAGCAGCUGAUACUGAGAGGGGUGAGAAUAGUCAUGUUGCAGAGAAUGUUGAUGGCACAGUUGAUGUUUCGGGAAGAAACAAGAGAAAGCAUGCGGACCGAGGAGCAGAGUCAAGGAAGAAAUGUCUUGUGCCAACUAGCUGCUUCAUCAAAAGGGAAUAUUGA